GAGACCAGCUUUCCCCCCUUAAAGCCCUGAUACAUGUUGUUUACACAGCAGGUGGAUAUGACGUCAGGGGGCAGCUCGCAGCAAAAAAUAACAACAUCCAACUCCGCGAUUUGUAUUCUCUCCCCCCCCCCACAAGACUCAUUAAGUUCUCUAGAAUACUCAAUAAUGAAGAGUGGGGUAACGCGCGCAGCAGGAUAGGAAAGAAUUCCAUGAAGUGUGAGUUCAAUCCGGCUUCUUAGUUGUACCAGGGAGAUUUUUCUGUGUUUGGAAAGCGGCAGCUCUACAACGUAGUGCCAGAGCGGAGUAAUAUAUUGUUAUUUAUUGUGUGCUUGUUGCAUGCUUUCUCGUACACAAUCGCAUGUGUGUUGCAGGGUCAAAUUAUCUUCUGGUUAUCCAACAACCUAAAGCUGUACCAACUGUGUCCUGCUGAGAAUUUACGGCUUGUAUCAUUUAUAAUGGUAACAUUAUCGAAAGAGGUGGACCCCAGGUUUUGAUUUUUAUGGAAUGGAAAUUUGUCAUCUGUAGAGGGGAGAAAAGCUAUAGAUUUAGGAAAAACUGAGGGAUGUUUUGAAGACAGUUAUGUUAUCGUUAUGGAAAUUGGAAUUCGCUGGAAGUAGUCACACUUGAACUUCUCACAGCUUUUCACAUAUUUCUCAGAAAUACAAGACAGACCAAGACUGAAAAACUGACAAAAGCCACAUAAGCCCCGGCCUCCAGCAACAGGAAAAGCCGAGGAUUUUGGGGCCUUCCCUCCAAAGAUUCUUGAUCGCACAGUAGCAGCGGCAGCGAACCGGGCAUUUCAGAAGUUUCUCCAGACGUUCCUCCAUGCUUCUCACGCCUGUCUCCAUCAAAUCAGAAUUGUGCACGGCCCCUAUUUAACAAAUACGAUAUCAUUUCACCGGAGAGGCCGCACGCGCUGCUGUUUAAAUUGUUGAAGACAACCAGAGAAGGAAGUCAGAGGAGAUGACUUGCUGAUCUGAAGUAGCCAGCUGAGAGAUUGGUCAUGUGCCCAUGCUGAGUCAAGUGAGAGGUAUAUUGUGAAAAGGGUAAGAAGACUGAUUACAAAAGGGGGCUAUAACAGAAGAUUGCUUUAAAUAAGCAAAUCCUACUCAAAAGAAGGUUUUUAAGUCAUGAUGCAAGAAUCUGGAACUGAGGCAGCAAGCAACAUUUCAGCCAAUCAGAACGGAGCUAGCAGUGGUAACCACUAUCCAGACAGUAGCACAAGGGAGGGGAGAUCAAACGGUGAUAUAUCCUCGAUUGAAGUGACCGCUGCUGAAUUAGUUCAUCUUCAGCAACAGCAGGCUCUUCAAGUUGCAAGGCAGCUUCUGCUACAGCAACAAGCUAGUGGGUUGAAGUCUCCCAAGGGAAAUGACAAGCAACCAUCCCUACAGGUACCAGUAUCAGUGGCUAUGAUGACACCUCAAGUGAUAACUCCCCAGCAAAUGCAACAGAUUUUGCAGCAACAAGUAUUGACUCCUCAGCAACUCCAAGCCUUGCUUCAGCAGCAACAGGCUAUCAUGCUGCAGCAGCAACAGCUUCAGGAAUUUUAUAAGAAACAGCAGGAACAGUUGCAUCUUCAACUUCUACAGCAACAACAUGCUGGGAAAUCAGCUAAAGAGCAACAGCAACCGCUGGCAGCCCACCACUUAGCCCUACAGCAGCAACUUCUACAGGUGCAGCAGCUUCAACAACAGCACAUCAUGACAAUGCAGCGUCAUGGCUUGCUUCCAGUGCAAUCUGGCCAGCCAGCUCUCUCUCUGCAGACAUUAGGACAAGGCAUGACUCCAACAGAACUGCAGCAGCUCUGGAAAGAUGUGACUGGAGCUCACACAAUGGAAGAAAGUGUAACCAAAAAUGGCAGUCUAGACCUUUCCACUAGCUCAAUUUGUUCUACUGCAGCACCACCUAAGACCUCACUACCAGCAACGCUGAUGAAUGGACAGUCUACGGGUCACACUCCAAAAAGGGAAUGCCUAUCCCAUGAAGAGCACGGGUGCAACCAUCCAUUAUAUGGUCAUGGUGUGUGUAAGUGGCCAGGAUGUGAGGCAGUCUGUGAGGACUUUGGACAGUUUCUAAAACAUCUCAACAAUGAACAUGCACUGGAUGAUAGAAGUACAGCACAGUGUCGAGUGCAGAUGCAGGUUGUACAACAGCUGGAACUGCAGCUUGCAAAAGACAAAGAACGCUUGCAAGCUAUGAUGACCCACCUGCAUGUGAAAUCAACUGAACCAAAGUCAACUCCACAGCCUCUGAACCUGGUAUCGAAUGUCACGUUGUCAAAGACUGCAUCUGAAGCUUCUCCGCAGAGCUUACCUCACACUCCUACAACGCCAACGGCCCCUAUUACCCCUGUUACACAGGGACCCUCUGUAAUUACCCCGACCAGCAUGCAUAGCAUGGGACCCAUUCGCAGGCGGUACCCAGACAAGUACAAUGUGCCAAUCUCCUCAGACAUUGCUCAAAAUCAAGAAUUCUAUAAGAAUGCAGAUGUUAGACCUCCUUUUACAUAUGCAUCAUUAAUAAGGCAGGCAAUUCUUGAGUCUCCAGAAAAGCAGCUAACACUAAAUGAAAUAUAUAACUGGUUUACACGAAUGUUUGCCUACUUCAGACGCAAUGCAGCAACGUGGAAGAAUGCAGUGCGCCAUAAUCUUAGUCUUCACAAGUGUUUUGUUCGAGUAGAAAAUGUUAAAGGGGCAGUAUGGACAGUGGACGAAAUAGAAUUCCAAAAGCGAAGGCCACAAAAGAUCAGUGGCAAUCCAUCUAUUAUAAAAAAUAUACAGACCAGCCUUGCGUAUGGAUCACCACUUAAUGCUGCUUUACAGGUUUCGAUGGCUGAGAAUAACAUACCUCUAUACACUACUGCUUCCAUGGGAAAUGCCACUGUAGCCACAAUGGUGAGUGCUAUCCAUGAGGAACUAAAUGGUGCAGUGGAACAUUCAAAUAGCAACGAGAGUGACAGCAGUCCAGGACGUUCCCCACUGCAAACAAUGUAUCCCGUUCAUGUUAAAGAGGAACCAAUGGACCCAGAGGACAUGGAAGGGCCCCUGUCUUUAGUGACAACAGCAAAUCAUAGUCCGGAGCUGGACAAUGACAGAGAAUUUGAAGAGGACCCAGGGAAUGAAGACAUGGAAUGAGCAUGCUUCCCAUCAUUUCCUGAGAUGAAGAUUAAAAUGAAAGAAAGCUUGUCAGACUUACCUGUGAAAUCUCUCCCUAAUGUGGCAGUUUGGAGGAAUUUUCAGCCCCUUUUUGACAAAGUAAUGAAAUGUUUUAAAUAACUUUUAGUGCCAUUAAGAAUCCCAUUGGGGAAUGUUUCUGAUUUUUUUCUACUUUUUGUUGGAAAAAAGGAAUUUGUAUUCUACAUACAUUGGAUGGACUUGUUUGGUACUUGGGAUUUUCCUCUCCUGAAGUCAACAUCAGUGUUGAAAGUUACUGAGCUGUACUGUCACCCUCACAGACUUUGCAGCUGACUUUGGACUGCAGUUCUGCCAAGUUGGACUCAUGGGUCUGAUCAAAACUGUUAAUAGUUCAAACUGCAGAUAGAGCUCUUCCCAGAACUUGCAUAUUCAAAUGGAAGACUGAGGCUAAAACUGAAUUGCACAGUACUGGAAGUGGAUUGUUUUACUAUCACUGCCUUUAAUCCACACUUGUUUUCAUGGAGCAGGGGAGAAGGGAAAUAAUUUGUGAAAAAUAAUUUGCUGAAAUUUUACUGUGUCUAUGUUUGCUUCUGCUGCAUCCAAGCAGUUUUAUAAUUGCCGGCCACAGGCCUUUGGAGGACCUCAUUAAGAUCUAUGUUCAGUGGUUGAAUGUUAAGUUUUUUAGCCAAUGGGACAGAAUGCCUCACAUCGAUUUGUUACACAUACAGUAGUUUUUCUGUCAUCCACUCCCCUUAACUUCAUUGAGAUUAUUUUAAAAAAAACACAAGUAAACCUCAGGCCUGUUUUCAUUGUAUGUACAGUUUAACAAUACUGAUCAUUUUGUCUGCUUUGGGUCAGAAAUCAGCAGGCCCAACUUUUAGUAUCAAGUGGCAGAGCCAACAUUCCAAACUCCGGAGAAAGGUUCACUUCUAGGAAUGGUGGAGCCAGUGAACAAGGGGGCAGAAUGACAGAAAAAAAGAUAUUUAGUAAUUAUCCCUUGUCUCCUGCAUAUGCACCAUAGAUCAAUUCCUGUUGUUCAGGUUCAGCAACUAGUAAGGAGAUACAGGAGUUGAAAGCAAGUAGAACAUAAAAUAUGUUGUCUGUAUAAAUAAUAAUUUACACUGCAGUUUAAGCUUUUCAGUUAAGAAUUUUAUGUCCAGUGCUGUGUUAAGUAGCUCAAUAGAGAUUUGUUAUUUCAGCAAACUUAGAAAAGUUCGCAGUAGAUUUCAAAAUAGAAAGCUAUGUCACUAGAGCUUAUCUUGCAAGCCUAUGUGAUCCUGAAGCAAAUUUACGUACAGAAGGUAAUUCUGUUAAUAUAGGUCAUUGAAUUGUUUUCUAUAACACUCAACAUCUUUCCUGUCUCAAGACUGCGACUGGUCAUUUUCUAUCACCUCCCCAAAACCCCACUCUCAUGUAUUUAUUUAGGACUAUAUAGGUUGUCAGUUGAAAAAAAGCUUUCAGAGCUUUAUUUAUUUUUGCUGUUUUUUAAAUCAGAUAAUUUUUUCUGAGAUUACCAAAGAUGAUCUUAAAGGUAAAUUAUGUUCUCUGUUUGAUGCUUUAUCUGAUGAAGCCAAAUAUCCUCUUAUUGUUGAUCAAAGGAGGUACCAGAAUCCAGAGGGAAAUGGCUAAAAAUGGACUGAUGCACAGACAAUAACCUAUGAUGUUAAAGUCUCCUUUUAACAAUGUCUGUAACAGGCCAGGUGGAUGUUUGAACCAAAGGUAUUAUCUCUGAAAACCCAGAUCUUUUUCCUAUAAUGACCAAAUUUGCUCAGUGUAGGGAAAUUUAAUUGUAGAAAUUGGUGACCAAACCAGGAAAUUAUGGCACUGAGGCCACAAAGAAAGGGAGCAUUCCAUCAAGGGAAGGUGAAUGUAGAACUUUUCUGUGCAGAUGAGAGUAAUGCAGAAAAAAAACUGAAGAUGCAAGAUUCCAACUGUAAUACAGAGAGCAAAGGAAUAGCUUUCGAGAUAGAACUGGACCAUAUAAUAAGUUUUUCUUAAGGAAAAUGCUCAUUAUGGAGGCUGUGUUUGAAAGAUGGUGUGCCACUUUUGUUUGGAGACCAAUCUCCUGGAUGCCGAGGUAACUCGCAUUUAGUUUACCUUGGCACACUUUUUCAGAAUUGUUUGUUUCGUUUCCACGUUCAUCAUACAGAAACACUCCUGUGCACUCGUUCGCUUGGUACAAGAGACAUUACAGCAGUUAUUUUUCAGCAUAAUCCAACUUUCUGUUAAAUGGGCAGUCUGUGGUCUUUUAAAAUAUAUAUUUGUAAUGGCAUUCCAGGCAGCUUCAUGAGGAUGUACAGGCAGUUGCUGAAUGGGAUCAUGAGAAGAGAUUCCAUGCUUUCAAACUGAGUGGCCUGUUGGUUAACUCUGUAUUUGAGGGAAUAAGAUGGUUAGAUUAGUACAUUCUCAGCAUGUGUAGCUAGACAUGACUAAAGUUAACAGCAUGAGAAACUGUUAGUACGCAUACCUCAGUUCAGACUUUUAGGGAAUGAAAAAUAAAACAUUUCACUCAGUUGCACUUAGUUGUAUGUCUUGCAUGUUUAGUCUAAAGACUAGCAAACUUAGAGCUUGCUUAUCUAGCAGGUGCCACAGCCUUUCAGCAGAAUCAACUCUGAACCUCAGGCUCUUUAUGUACAGGAUUUCAAUGACUGAACGUUGUCACCAUAUCCGUUUGGAUAUACAGUUGCUUCUAAAGGGUGGGGGUUUGUUACAUUGUACAUAAAUAUCCCAAUGUGUCAGUGCAAGCCUUUGUCUUUUCUGUUUCUUUUUAAACACUGUUCUUUUAAGCCCCAAAACAAAAAAAAAUCUGUUUAAAUCACAUUUGCUUUUGUGCAACUGCUUUGUAUUGACUAUAUUAAAAGAAAGCUUUGAAAACGACUGUAUGUAUUGAAACUGCAAAAUGUUCUGCACAUGUAUUUUACUUAUUAACCCUUGCUUUGAGAAUAAUGGAAGACAGUUGCUGACAGUUGGGAGAAAAUCCCUUUCUUUUUUUUGCUUUAACUGUAGUACAGUUGACAGAAUUUUAAGUUACCGUUGAACGAAGCAUUUUGUACAGUUUUGUUUGUGUUAGGCUGUUUUGAUACUUCUCGCUUACAAAGGUCCAGCCACUGCCCUCUGCAGCUGUCUUAAAAGUUUGAAGGAUUUGGAGAAGACAGUUUAAAAAGUCAUUUCUCUUCCUGCUGUCGUGAAUACUUAGCAUGAUGAAUUCCAGGGCCAGUUGCAGUGAAGUAAUGAUUAUUAAAACUGGGGAGUGUCAACCUGUUGAAUAAUUUUUUUUAAAAAAAGAACUUUACAAGGUGCCAAGAUGUAAAGAUAAUUUGUUACAUGCUUUUUCUCUAAGAAAAGCAUACAUUAUCAUGAUCGAAGUACCAUGAUUCAGGUAACUUCAAUGUCAGGAAUGAGAGUCACAGCCUUUACACUGUCAAAAACCAGUAAAUUAAAAUCUGUUUCGUAAAGGGUUGUUUGGAAAAUGGUACAGACUGAGGACAUUGUGUUAUCAUGGUGCUUUGAAUGUUGUUGCUGCCAGUUAAGAGAUUAUUGUAGAGGCAUACAGGAACUCAUUCCUUACAUCAGUGUAAUCCAUCAUUCCAUGUCUGUUGAUGCAGACAAUAAAAAAAUUCAUGUGUGUAGUCAGUACUAAUUACUGACAUUAGCAUUCUCAAAUGCAAUAAAAAUGCUGGUUGUUCACACUGUUUGCAGUGUUGUCAUUUUCAGGAUUAUGUUGAUCCCUGCAAAACCCAAAGUCAUCAUUUUCCGGUGUUACUCUCAUUUUUAAUCACAUAUCAUGAAAAUUUCCUCAUAACAGAUGAAAUGGCUAGUUAUCAAAGCACUAUUCUGACUCUUUCGUGACCCAGUCACAAAGCUGACCAGUACAAGUGCCGGUACUUAAACAUUAAAUUCUCCCAUAAUUAAUAAUGUCAGUUAAACUGUCUCCUUGUAACAGCAAUUUAGGUUACUGCAUUUGAUCAGCUAUAAAUUCAAACUGCAUUAAAAUUCUAGAAAUAUUAGUAAUAUGGAUUUCUUGAUGGAAAUUAUUGCUGAUCACAAAGUGGUUUGUUUUAACGACCGAUGCACAGGUCAUGUUAGCCACAAAACUGAGUACACAGGUCAGGUCUGUACACUUUUAAUCUUGUGAAACAAGCAAUUACAAAUAGUUGCAUCGAUUCGUUAAAAAGCUUUAAGUGACAUGAAUUGUUUCUAGUUUAUCUUAUUGCUCAGUCUUAUAAAUGUCAGGAGGUAUCAUUUUAAUUUGGGUCACAGAAUGAUCAGGGUCACUAUAUGAGAUAUGCAAUCAAAUAUAUGAUUAGCUUGCUAUCUUUAAAAAGCCCCUAUGGAAUCACCAUUUUGCUGGAUUGGCAAGUUGCUUGAAAAAAUACUUCUGCAUGUAAUGCACAAAUGUUCCAAAAGUUUGUUUAGCAAAUAUUAGCGCAUGUUGUAAUGGGAUACAGAAGUAACUCUAUACUUCUUGCAUUCCUCAUUAAGUGACCCCUCUUUAAAGCACACAUGCUUUUUAUUAUUCUACGCCCAAGUAGAAAAUCCAUAUUUCAAGAAUUUCCAUCCAGCUCAAAAUGUCUCUGGCACAUGCACAGCUGAAUAAUUCAAAAUGCAUAAGCCAAAAGAGAACAAACAACUCAAGAUUU